AGGGCGGCUAGUUCAAGUUGCCAUAGCGGCGAGGUUGCUCAUAAGAAUAAAAAGGAAUGCUACUUAAUCACAAAUAAUUGCAAGAUACUAAUGGCAAAUUCAUCCAGUGAUUCAGACAACUUUCAUUCGGGUCGAGCAGGAAGGCGACUGCCUUUGAGAGCAUCCUACAAGAGAGCUCAGAACUAUGGUGCUGAAGCAGUUACAGAGAAGAUCCAUACUUUAGCAAGCACUUUACAGGAUACCAACAGAAAUCUGAGACAUGUUGACCAUUUGCUAGGACAGUACAGAGAAUACAACAAGGAACAAACCGAAGCAAUAACAACUUUAAAAGAAACACUGGAACAAUCUAUAGGUCAAUUAAGGAGCCAGCGACUAACACGAAACUCUGGAAUGAGAAGUGCAUCUCUCUCAAGCUUAUAUCCUAGUGAUCUGGAUGGAGAAGGACCAUCAGGGAACCGCCACUUCCUGCCUACUUCUCCUCUCAGGGAUUACGGAGACUCACAGGGCAAUAAACAUCGAAGGUCUAGAUCUGCAAGUGUGCGAUUUGUCAAUGAGGCAGAUAAUUGGGACCAGCUGCAUUCUUUCCACCAGUCUCUUCGAGAUCUCAGCAGUGAACAAGUUCGCUUAGGAGAUGACAUCAGUCGGGAGCUUUCAAGGAGAAAUCGGACUGAUGCUGAAUUAAGAAAGACUCUAGAAGAAUUGUCUGAAAAGCUCACUGAGUCCCAAAGACAAGAAACGGUAUCGGAACGCGUAGAGAGAAGACUUCAGGAGAUAGAACAAGAGAUGCGUGCUGAAAGACAGCUUGUAGAAAGGCGCCAGGACCAACUGGGACAUAUGUCUCUCCAAUUACAAGAGGCUUUAAGGAAGCAAGAUGCUAAAGCAGAUGAAACAGAAGAACUCAUGAAAAACAAACUUGUGAAAUACGAAAGUGAAAAAAACCAACUUGAGCAGGAAUUGGAGCAGUCCCGGAAAAAGUUGAAUGAAUCUGAAGGCAGUAGAGAAGUUCUUUUGCAUCAGAUUGAGGAUCUUCGUUCCCAACUUCUGAGAGCAGAAGAAGACCGUGUGGAAUUGCAACAUCAAAUUUCACAAGCUGCUAUGCAUCGCCAAAGCUACCAGGAUGUACAAGAUGAUGACAGGAGAGUUAGAGCAGUAGCUGAAAGAUACGAGAGAGAAAAGCAAGACCUGGAGAAACAUAUUUUGGAACUUAAAGCAAAGCUGAGUCAUAAUGCUGUAAUGUCAGAGGUAGAAGAACUAAAGAGAUGCAUAGAGCGUAAGGACAAGGAGAAAGCACAGCUUGUAAUGCACAUACAGGUGUUAACAUCUGACCUGGAAAACAGGGAGAAGCAGCAGGAAAAAAUGCUGGAACAACUGAAGGAGAUACAGAAUUGCUACAAGGCUUGUGAAAAUAGAUGUAGACAAACUGAACUCCAGUCUUCUGAGUUAGCUCAACAAGUUGAAGAAAGCACCAAAGAAGCAGAACGGUGUCUCACUGAAUUCAAGCACUCAGAGGCACUCAGGCUGGAGACUGAGAAAAAAAGAGAAGAUUUGAAGGUGAGAGCACAGGAAGCCAUCCGCCAGUGGAAGCUGAAAUGUAAGAAACUGAGUCGUGAGAUGGAAAAACAAAAUGAAACUAUCAAUGACCUGAUGGAAAAGAAUAGUCAGGCCCUCAAAGAAAAGGAUGAUCUCAGAAGUCAGCUUCUCUCAGCUAUACACCAAAUAGAAAACCUCCGGAAAGAGCUUAAUGAUGUGCUUACAAAGAGAGCCCAGCAGGAAGAACUCCUCCAUUGUAAAGAGGUAAAGCUGAAUGAAAUGAAGUCACAUGAAGUAUCUCUUGAAGAAGAGAUCAAAGAAGUUCAAGGUACUGUAAAAAAAUUGGAGAAUGAGUUGAAAAAGCAAGUCUUUCUACAAAAUCAAAUGCAAGCUGAGAAGGAACACUUGAAGACGGAACUUGCGACUAUUAACUUGAUCCAUAAAAAAGACCAAGAACGACUCUUAGAAAUGCAAGCAGAUGUAAAAAAUUUAAGCUCUGUACGUGUGGAACUAACAAACAAAAUAGCAGAAGAGGAGAAAGUCAAAAAGGAAUUACUUAAGAGCCUCUCAGAUCUCCAGAAACAGCAGGAAUCUAAGCAUGAAGAGGUGACUUCCGUUAACAGGCAGCUGAAGAUGGAAAGAGAAGUUCACCAACAGGAAUUGGCAGAUCUUAGAUCAGAGUUACAAAAUGUCAAAAUCAAACAUGAACAAAGUAUUCAAGAACUCAUGAAACUCCUUAAACAAGAAAAGGAGGAUGCAGAGGCUCAAAUUAGAAUGCUAAAGAUGGAACUUUUGGAAGAGAAAAACAUAGUCAAGACUCAGUGUCGACAACUGGAGAAGAUAAAAGUUGAGUGUGAUAAAUUGACAGAAGAAUUAACCCAAAAUGAAGAAGAAAAUAUAAAACUAAAACGGAAAUGUGAGUUUGUAAAGCAAGAACUGGAGAAAAAGGAAAAACAGAUCAGCAAUGAGGAAGAUCAUUUGAGAAAGAUGAGUGAGACCAGACUGCAGUUUAAGGAUCAGCUGCGUCACUUAGAAAUGGAACAGCAAUCCAUCCUCUCCAUGAUAGGAAGUGAAAUUGAUUCUGCUUGUGAAGUUUUUUCUCGGGACUCCGUGGAAAAAUUCAAAGCAAUAUCACUUACACCAACAGUUCUGAAUGAUCCUCAUCGCUGGUUAGCAGAAACAAAGACUAAGCUUCAGUGGCUGUGUGAGGAGGUAAAGGAGAGAGAAAGUAAGGAAAAAAAGCUGCGGUGCUACUUACUGCAAAGCCGAGAACAGCUCAAGCACUUUACACAGAUGAAGGAGACUGAGCAUCAGUCUCUGUUUAAGCAGAUAAAAAACCAAGAAAAACUUUUGGAAGAAGUUCACAGAGAAAAAAGAGGUAUGUUGCUAGUUCCAUUUUUGUUAAUAAGAGGGAGAAAGAAUUUAAAAAUU